AUGAUCAUCAUCGCUCUGCUCCUGUUGGGCUCUCUGCUGCCAAACCUGAGCUUCACUGCCAGUGUCAAGGUGCGUAUAGUGAAUGGCAAUGAAGCAACACCUCACUCCAGACCUUACAUGGUUUCUAUAGCGAAAAAUGGGAGACAUAUUUGUGCGGGAUUCCUUAUUUCUGAUCAGUUUGUCUUGACUGCUGCACAUUGCCGAGAUGGCAGUGAGGCUUUAACAGUUAUGGCAGGUGCACAUGAUUUAGUCAGGAAAAAGGAAAAGCAUAUCACCGUUAGUGUGCAGUCUUACCACAAGCAUCCAGACUACAACCCUAAAUCGAGCACACCUAAUAAAGCCGACCUGAUGAUUCUGGAGCUUCGUAAAAAAGUCCAACUAAAUGACAACAUCAAGACGAUCCCCAUACCAACGACACCUGAGGAAAUCAAGGAGGAUACUGCCUGCAGUGUUGCAGGCUGGGGAUUUGUGACGAAUAGCGGUCCUGCAAGUCUAACGCUCAGGGAGGCAAAUGUAAAGGUUAAGAAUAACAUGGACUGUGCUGCUCGACGGGCCAGGGUUUAUGUAGCUUCACAGAUGAUGUGCGUAUAUGGCAAGGGAGGGACCUGUAAGGGGGAUUCAGGAGGUCCUUUGGUUUGUGGCAACACUGCGGUGGGAAUAACAUCCUUUGGUCGCAAAGACAGCUGCAAUGAUCCUGUUGCACCUAAUGUUUCUAUUAAAAUUUCUGCUUUUCUCCAAUGGAUCAAGAGCAUAACUAAGAUUUAG